AUUUUUGAAAUCCAACCGAAGAGUCGACGAACAUCUACACAAAUAAACUAAACAUAGACGGGUAAAUCUAUCCCAUUGUACCUGUUAGAUCUGUUUGCGUAGACAUAAAUCUGGAGGCUAGUUCAUAUAAAUCAAGAAGAUCGUACUAUCUGAGGGUUUAUUUUACAGGUCAAGAUGAGUCGGAGACCCAGCAGCCGAUAUUCUGAGAUGCCCAUGCGUGUGACAGACAGCAGAAUGAGUCUGAUCAACGCCACCCCUCAGAAUAAGGACAAUGUUUUUGGCAAGCUGAACAUACCUAAACCUCAGUCGAGUACAUCUGAGCGGCGAACAAGCUUUUUUGGAAAAGGCAUUGGGGCAGGCGGUCAGAGGAAUAGCAUGUUUGGGGCUUAUGGGGGCUCAGAGAAGAUGAAAGACCCCAGACCUCUACAUGACAAAGCUUUUGUCCAGCAGUGUAUCAAGCAGCUUUGUGAUUUCCUUGUGGAGCGGGGCUUCCCGGGCAGCAUCACAGUGAAGGCUCUCCAGUCACCAUCCACUAAAGAGUUUUUAAAGAUAUAUGAGUUCAUCUACACUUUUCUGGAACCCUCCUUUCAGAUGCCCACUGCCAAAGUUGAGGAGGAGAUCCCAAGAAUGCUGAAAGAUCUGGGGUACCCAUUUGUGCUCUCUAAAAGCUCCAUGUACUCCAUUGGUGCCCCUCACACGUGGCCUCAGGCCCUUGGUGCUCUUAUCUGGCUCAUUGAUACAGUCAAGCUGUUCAGUGGUCUGAGGGACCAGGGCCUGCUGUUCUCUGACUUCUCAGAUGAACUCUGUGAUCUAGAGGAGGGGGCCGAGUACAACAAGCUCCUAAUAGAGUACUGCUCUGAUACGUACAACAAGUUCAUGCAGGGAGCAGAUGCAUAUGAUGAUGAGGAUGAAGAAUAUCUGAAUAAACUGAAGAAGCUGUAUAAUGUGGAUGAGGCGCUGUUACACUCCCAGCAGGAGAAACACGGGAUGUUGAUGGAGCAUGUGGAAAGACUUGAGAGGGAAAACCAAACUGAUCGUUUAACUGGUAAAAGAACAGAGAAGCUCAGACUGCAGGCUGAUCUACAGAAGCUGCAGAAUUAUCGUUGCACUCUCGAGGCCCAUAAAGCUGGACUGGAGAAUAAAGCUGCAGGACUGGCUGAAGAGCUUGAGGCUUCCGAGAUGCAGUUAGAGGGCCUGAAGCAGGAGAGGACGAGAUUGCAGCAUAUCCUGGAGAACCAGAAGUUCACUCCGGCUGACAUAGAGCGUAUUAACAGAGAAAGGAACGAGCUGCAGCUGAUGGUUCAGAGUCUGAGCCAGAACCUGGAGGAGGCGGAACAGCUGGUGUGGAACGAGGAGGUCAACCUGUCCAAAUCCAAAGAGAAGGCUGAGUUGAAGGUUGCUGAAUUCAAUAAACUGGGUCGUAAGCUGAAGCUUAUCCCUCAGUCAGCAGAGAACGCUUGCGGUCACGACUUUGAGAUCAGAACAGACUACAACGCUAUGACCAUCACACAAUACAAGACACAGAUACAGAAUCCUCUGAAGAACAUGAUGGUUGACGUGGAGGAUGAAUGCAGCAGACUCACUAAUGUCAAAUUGAGUUUAGAUGAGACUGUUGAACAGGUGAAAUCCAACAUCUCUGAUAAGGAGAAUGACAUAAAACAGUUAAAGGAACAGAUUCGCAAAGUUGACCAACAGCUGGAGCAUGACAUGCAGGAAAUGGUCCAAGAUGAGGAGAAGUGGGCAGCUGAAGUGGACUCUGCUGAAACUCACAAGAAGCGUCUGGAAAAGAAAGUGAUGGAGGGAUGUGAGAAAGCAGAAGAGGAACUCAAAGCUGCCCAACAACAGUAUCACGUUGUCGUGCAGGAGACUAAUGAGGAGAACCGCAUGGUGUUCAAGAAUCUGACAGAUAUCUUCACCUCUGCAGUCAACCACCUGUGUGCAGUUGAAAAACACUGCAGUGAGCAGCUGAAAAGGUUUGAUAAGUUGAAGGAAGUCAUGCGUGAGGAUGAGGCUGACAUUAAACAACUGACGGAUCUAGUGGAAAACUUCAUAAAGAAAGAACAGCUUUUAAUGUCUGAUGGCUCUGAUUUGUAAAUAGUUUUUCUAUUAGACAUUUAUCCUGAUGUCAAGUUAUAGAACUGUUUUGUAAUGUUAAGAAAAACAUUUUCAAUAGAGACAGAAUCAUACUUUUGUGUAUUUUUCCUGUUUUUACAUGUUUGUUUUCUAAAAAAAUUUAUGUUUUGAAAAAUUGUGGUUCCAUUUGCUAUGUUUGUUUUCAUGCAAGUUUGUUUACA